AGAAAAAAAUGUCAACUAUCCUCAUAAUCGGCGCAACCCGCGGCCUCGGCGCCUCACUCACAACCUACUACGCCUCCCUCCCAAGCACAUCAACCAUCUACGCAACAACCCGUUCCAACAAGCCCCCCUCAAACUUUCCGGAUCACAACAACAAAACUAAAAUCCACUGGCUCCUGAACGUGGACAUCUCAAAGCCCGAUGUAGGCCACAACCUAACCGCCCAAAUCAUUCCCCACAACAACAAGAAACUAGACAUCAUAAUCGUGAAUGCAGGCUACUUUGGCUCGGAAUCAUUCGAUAAUCCCGACUGGGAGAAGGAGGUUAGGAUGUAUACUACAUCCGCAAUUGGGCCUGUAUUCGCUAUUCAGGCACUCGUCAAAUCCGGUCUGAUCGCAGAAGGUCGAAAUGGAAAAGGGGGAAAAGUGAUAUUCAUCUCCUCCGAAGCAGGCAGUAUAACUUUACGGCACGAAUCUGAAGGAGGCGGGAAUUAUGGGCAUCACGCUAGUAAAGCAGCGCUAAAUAUGGUGGGGAAAUUGUUAUCCUUGGACCUUAAGGAGAUAGGUAUUGCGAUAGGGAUGAUGCAUCCGGGGUUUAUGAGGACAGAGAUGACGAGGGGUGUUGGAUUUGAUCGGUUUUGGGAGGAUGGGGGUGCUGUUACGCCGGAUGAAGCUGCAAAGUCAUUGGCAGAAUUUGUAGAGAAGGAUUUCGAUAUUGAGAAGACGGGAACGUAUUGGGCUCCUAGGGGGCCACGGGAUAUCGGAACUGCUGAGCCUGUCCUUGGUAAAAAUCUAUCGACGCCGUUGGAGUUACCGUGGUAG